ACUGAAUACCGUAUAAAAACACCAAAAAUACUAAUUUUGUGAACGUCUUGAUAGAGAGAUUCAGCAGGUGCGACUGUUGGUGUCAUCUUCAUAAAGAAUGGUGCUGAAGUGGCUCCUGAGAAUGUCUUUCAUUGGAUUUCUCCUGACUGAGAUCACUGGAAUUCCAGCAGAUUCCAAGAAAGUUCUGGGAAGUCAGUUUAAGCAAAAUGUUUUGCAGGAAACUAUCAACUUGAUCAGCAAGUUUUAUGAAGGGCUCAGUGAUGGUGAAGGAAAUAUUAAUAAAGCAUCACAAACUUCUCUUGAUCUCCUAAACUUCUUCAAGCAGUUUAGAUCAUCAACCAAGUGCCAGCAAGCUUCUGGCUCAGUGGAGACUGCCUUAAGAAUCAUCCAACACCAUGUACUCUUGAGCCACCAGUGGUCAUUCAAUGUAUCAGAUCUUUUAACCUUGACUGACCUUAAUGAUCUGAUGCCUAACACAGAGCAUUCACCUGUUGUCCAAUCCUCUGCCUGCAAGAAGGACUGCUGGUCCAACCGUUAUAGAUCCAUCAAUUCCAACUGCAACAACAGGAGGGCUCCAAAACUGGGGGCAACUAAUACUCCUUAUGCCCGUUGGCUUCCUGCUCAAUAUGAGGAUGGAUUUUCACUUCCAAAAGGCUGGAUAGAAGGGAAACUGUAUUCAGGAUUUCCCCUACCACUGGCCCGAGAGGUUUCCAAUAAAAUUCUGAAAACAAGUAUUGAAGAUAUAAUUGAAGAUUCUGAAUGGACUCAGCUCUUUAUGGAGUGGGGGCAGUGGAUGACACAUGACAUGAGUUUAAUCCGCCCAGCUCAGAAUCUUGAAAUGUCUAGUAACAACAUCAACUGUGAAAGGUCUUGCGUGCAAAGAAGUCCAUGUUUCCCUAUUAAGCUACCACAUGGUGAUCCACGGAAUACAGGCACUUAUCCAUGCAUGCCAUUCAUUCGAUCAGCUCUUGUAUGCUGCCCAGGGUUUUCAGGCCUGAGUGGAUGUGACCAGAUCAAUAUGCAGACAUCCUAUAUUGAUGCCAGCAGUAUUUAUGGUAAUAUGGAGCUCCAGGCAAAGAGACUCAGAGAUUUUACUAGUGACCUGGGCCUGUUGAAGGUCAAUCCCACUUUUUCAGACAACAACUUGAAAUACCUGCCCUUUGAAAACCAUGGACCAAAGGAUCCCUGUACCAUCGCCCACAACAGCUCCUCUUGCUUUGGCAUAAGAGUUCCCUGUAUGUUAGCUGGCGAUAACCGCGCAAAUGAAAACCUGGGACUACUCAGUUUUCAUACAUUAUUCCUCCGGGAACACAAUCGCUUGGCGACAGAGCUGAAAAAGCUAAAUCCUCACUGGAGUGGAGAAACAAUCUACCAGGAGGCAAGGAAAAUCAUUGGGGCAUUUCAGCAGAUUAUAAAUUACAGGGAUUAUGUUCCCCUAGUAAUUGGUAAGGAUGAAACAGAGAAAUAUCUCCAUCAAUACCAAGGUUACAAUGCAUCAGUAGAUCCCAGGCUGUCCAAUGUUUUUGCUACAGCUGCAAUGCGCUUUGGGCAUGUCACGAUCCAGCCAAUCAUGAAACGUUUUAAUGAAAAAUACCAGGAGGACUCGAGGUAUCCCAGCAUGCUCCUACAUGACACUUUCUUCGCUCCAGGGAAUUUAAUUGGGAAAGGUGGAAUUGAUCCAAUCAUUCGGGGCUUGUUUGGUUACCCUGCCAAAUUGCAGUCUCAAAGCUCCAUGAUGCCAGAUGAACUGCGUGAGAAGCUAAUUGUACCAUCACAACAUAUAGCCCUGGACCUGUCUGCCAUAAAUAUACAGCGCUCUCGGGACCAUGGGCUUCAAGGUUACAAUGCUUGGCGAAGGUUCUGUGAGCUUUCUGAGCCCCAAAAUAUUGUGGAUCUUUCUCUUGUUCUUAACAAUAUGGAACUUGCAACUAAUCUCCUUAAGUUGUAUGGAAGCCCGGAUAACAUUGAUGUGUGGGUGGGGGGCAUCUCAGAACCCUUCAUGGAGGGUGGCAGGGUAGGCCCUUUGUUCGCCUGUUUGAUAGGACAACAAUUCAAGAACUUGAGAGAUGGAGACAGAUUCUGGUGGCAAAACAAAGGUGUUUUUACUGACAACCAGCAGCAGGCUCUUCAACAUAUUUCAUUCUCCAGAGUGAUCUGUGAGAACAGCAAGAUUGAAGAACUCCCUCGGGAUGUGUUUAGGUACAGGCCAUAUCCAGAAGGAUAUGUCAAGUGCAACCAUAUCCCACAGGUAGACCUGAGUGCCUGGAAAGAGAAUACUGAUGUAACUCCCUGUGGCUCUGUCCCGGUUGUUGCUGAUGCCCAUUUCUCAAUCUGUAAAUCUUUGGUCAGAUACACCUGUAACUCAGGGUUCAAGUUGAUUGGAAAGGAUACCCUAAAAUGUUUGAAUAACGGCCAAUGGAACUCUACACCACCCAGGUGUACAGAACCUCAACCAGUGACAUCCGAAGGAAAUACAGCGAGUACAGAUUUUCUCAAAGACGGCUCAGGAGUUGAUGCUUGGGCUACACCCUAACACCAAAUUGCUUCUCAACUAUGAGGAUACAAGAGAGGUGGAUGGGGAUGAAGUUUACCAUUAAAUAUAGGAAUACAGCUAUUAUGUGCUCUCUCCACCAGUGCCAAGAAAGUACUCAACAAAAUGGAGUGAGUCUUCCCCUUCAGUCCCUUUUAAAGCAUGGUCUUUGGCAAUACAGUCACUGGAUAUGAUUCCAGUCCUCACACUUUUACAUAUUUGAUUCUGGGGUAUGAGUGACGAUAGCAAGGCAGCAUUUACUUCCAAUCACCAUUUGCCCUUGAGAAGAUUGUGGUGGUGACUUUUUUCCCCCUUUUACUUUCCCAGACCCUUGCAGAGGACUGCUCUCAAAUGCUUAUGGAGUAAUCAGCAGAGCAGCACAUAAAAUAUUCUCCGUCAAGGUGGUAUUGUGUCGUGUGAAAGUAGCCCCCAAACCCCAAACACACACCCACCCCUGGCACACCCCUUCCCCCUGUUGCCCUUUCCUACCCCCCAACUUCUUCAGAACCUCUUCCAAACCCUUUAUAAUUCAGCAGAAGACUCUACGGCAGCAUAAGUUUUGGAUCUUCGGGGCAUGCCACUUCAGUGAAAUAAUCAGAAAUGCUGGAUUUUGAGAUAUGCUUUUAUUUGGAUGGCUAUAUGCUAAACUGACAGUUUUGUCAUCAUUACAACCAAAGAUUCCACAGGUAACUUCAUCAAUUGUUUGUGAUUAUUAGAGCUGCUUAAUUUGGCUAAUCCAUGUGCCUACAUAUUCGUGACUGCAAUUCAUUUGAAUGUACAUGCAGAGGCUUACAAUAAGUGCAAGAUCUUUCCAAUAACCAAGGACAUUGUUUAAAUUGAGUAAUCUGUUUGUUCUGAUGUUGUUGAUCUCAGCUAACGCUCUGAUGCUCUUAUCAUUAAUAUAUUGUUGUCUGUUGCUGUGAUUACUCUUUUCUUGUGCAGAAUCAGUAAAAUAAAUUAGUAGCAACCAUGUUACAUCCUAUGCAAUUCCUUGUCUGACAUGGGUCAAAUAAAUGGUGUCUAUACCAGCACUGAAAUAGUUGUUCUCUUGUUAAGAAUUGCUCUCUCCUUCUCCCUCUCUCCUUCAUUUUCUGGGUUUUCCCUAUACCCGGCAAAAUGUUUUGUUCUCUCUUUGUCCUUCAACUCAACUGGCAACUUCCCACCAACAGUACAAACAUAAUUA